AUGGACUUUCGUCGCGGAUGUAUAGGCAUUGCGCAGUCCUUUGUGGACACGCACAUCGAAGAAGAACAGCAGCCCUCCAAAGAACAGCAAAAGCCCAGUAUCGCCGAGAUGCAGCCCACUCCCGACUUCUGCUGCCCGUGCGGCGGCUUCCUGGGUUGGAAACAGAUCCGACUGGGUGGGAAAAGCCUGAGCCGAAGCUACAGUGAUCUUCGCCACCUGGGACAGAUGCACGCACGCGGUUGGGCCUGGGAGGCUUCUCCGCCGCCGAACGACCCCCCGCCGACCCAGACGCUGGCGGUGGAAGAGGAGGUGGUUGUAGAGGAAGAGAAGCCGAUUCCCGGCACCUCCCGUUUGGAGAAGCUCCCUCCGGAGGUGCUUGGUAAGUAUUCGUGCCUGCCGCAUCUCCCCUGCUUCAAUACCGACGGUCUCUAA